UCACACGUCACCGUCACGUUCGGAUCGCUCUCUUCUCACCGGUGGAGUAAAGAGAAACCACACUUUCCUCAUGACUCACUAGUGGCGACUAGUAGCAGUAGUGGUCUCUCUCUCUCGGAGAAGCUACUUCUCACCGUAAAAAAUGCCAAUCGGCCUAUCGUCACCGGUGGCGCCUAUGCCCUUUCUCGGAUGCUCCGGUCGACCGUCUCCUAGGAGGAAGAAGAAUAGCACGGCGCAAAGGCAAGGCGGGGUUAUCGGCAACUUCGGCCACUUGGGCAAUGUGGUUCGCAAGGACUUGGAGUUCUUAAAGAAUGGAAUCGGUAAAGCUAUGGAGUGGGCGAACGGAGCCUUCCGCGUCCCUCAGCUCUCUAAAGCCCUAGACGACGUGGUCUGGCUCCGCCCCCUCGAAGAUCGUCGUUAUUCCCCGCCUUCUCCUCCUCUCUCUUGGCCUUCUCCUUCUCCUUACUAUCCAGAACUGUCCAGUGUGGAUUUAUUCUUGGCCGAUGUCAAAGCCUUGGAGGCAUAUGCUAGCUAUUUUUACCAUCUGUCUAGGUCGUGGAGUAGACCACUUUCUGAGGUCUAUGAUCCAGAAGAAGUUGCUGGCUAUUUUGCUCUCAGGCCACAUGUUUUGGCCCUUAGACUUCUUGAGGUGUUCUUCUCAUUUGCUGCUGCUGCAAUCAGAAUUCGGAUCUUGGGGUCAGGUGUCAGAAAGGUAUACAGGUCAAAUAUGGAAAAUAAUAUUGGUGGAGAUGUUGCACAGUACAAUUUUGGAAUGGUACUAAAAGAAACCAUGCUAAACCUGGGACCGACUUUUAUCAAAGUUGGUCAGUCCCUCUCCACAAGGCCGGAUAUCAUUGGUCCUGAAAUUUCAAAGGCAUUGUCUGAGCUGCAUGAUCAAAUCCCUCCUUUUCCCAGGACUACGGCAAUGAAGAUCAUUGAGGAUGAACUAGGGUCCCCUGUAGAAACAUAUUUUAGCCACAUCUCAGAGGAACCUGUGGCUGCAGCUUCUUUUGGCCAGGUCUACAGGGGAUGUACGGUGGAUGGUCUUGAUGUUGCAGUGAAAGUUCAACGUCCUAACUUACAGCACGUGGUUGUUCGAGAUAUUUAUAUUCUCCGCCUCGGGCUGGGACUUCUACAAAAGAUAGCAAAAAGAAAAAGUGAUCCUCGCCUGUAUGCUGAUGAGCUUGGAAAAGGUUUUGUAGGGGAGUUGGACUACACUUUAGAGGCUACAAAUGCUUUGGAGUUUAUGGAAGCUCAUGCUCCCUUUUCAUUUAUUCGUGUUCCAAAAGUUUUUCAUCAUUUAAGCAGAAAGAGAGUUUUGACUAUGGAGUGGAUGGAUGGUGAGAGUCCACGUGAUUUAAUUGACAUGUCCACUACAGAGUCUAUAGAUCAUGGCUCUAGCUAUUCAAAGUGGCAGCAGAAUGAUGCUAAAAGGCGACUACUUGAUUUGGUUAACAAAGGAGUAGAGGCAUCACUAAUUCAACUCCUUGAAACUGGCUUAUUACAUGCUGAUCCGCAUCCUGGGAACAUACGGUACAUCUCAUCAGGAGAAAUAGGAUUUCUAGAUUUUGGGUUGCUGUGCCAGAUGCAAAAGAAGCAUCAGUUUGCCAUGCUUGCAUCCAUAGUGCACAUAGUAAAUGGUGAUUGGGCAUCCCUUGUUCAUGCUCUAACCAAUAUGGACGUUGUAAGGCCAGGAACUAAUAUAUGGCGUGUUACCAAGGACCUUGAAGAUGCAUUGGGAGAGGUAGAAUUUAAAGAUGGAAUCCCUGAUAUCAAGUUUAGUCGGGUCUUGGGUAAAAUCUGGUCUGUUGCCUUCAAGUAUCAUUUUCGCAUGCCACCAUAUUAUACACUUGUCUUGCGAUCUCUUGCUUCCUUGGAAGGCUUGGCAGUAGCUGCAGAUCCAAAUUUUAGAACAUUUGAAGCUGCAUACCCCUACGUUUUUCGGAAACUUCUUACUGAUAAUUCAGUUGCUUCAAGGCGAAUUCUGCAAUCGGUUGUUCUAAAUAGACAGAAGGAAUUUCAAUGGCGAAGGCUUGCUCUUUUCUUAAGAAUAGGAGCAACCAGGAAAGGAUUGCAUCAGUUGGUAGCAUCAAAUGGUGAGAUUUCACAGGAUUCAGCAAAUGGAGCUAUUGGGGUGUUCAAUGUCACAAAUCUGGUCCUAAGAUUCCUCAUAUCUAAAGAUGGUAUUGUGAUGAGAAGACUCCUAAUGACUGCAGAUGGAGCUGCUUUGAUCAGAACAAUGGUUUCUAAAGAAGCAGCUUUCUUCCGCCAACAGCUUUGCACAGUUGUUGCAGAUAUAAUAUACCUGUGGAUGUGUGAAGCUUUUGGACAAAGCACCAGUAUCACUCAGUAUAAUUCACAAGUAAUUUUGGCAAGUGAACCUAACAAAAAAGAGCUUAGUUCGUCUUCUAGAUUAGCUACUUCCAUCCGUGACUAUCAGUACAUUCUUGGAGACAGGCGCCUCAAAUUGAUUAUGUUAAAAAUACUGGACUCCGCAAGGAAAAACCCAGUGCUGAUGUUGAGGUUCCUAUGGUCAUCCUUUGCAAUUUUGGUCACAGCUUCUGCUUUGGCUUUCCAUCGCAUGUUAAUCUCCCUGUCCGAAGCUUACUUGAGCGCUCUACCAUUUCCAUCAAAGAAAGUUGCUGUCACUUGCUAGUUUUCUAGCAUCCUUGCAUUCGGCCGGCUUUGGAGAAAAGAAAAAUGCAGGCAAGUCUUCAUUCGUUCGAGCCAUAUCUAUCAUAAACUGACCUUGGAAUGCUGAAGCCAAUGCUGGUAUUUUCCCUGAGAAGGCUGAUUUGAAGAUUUGUCUCUUAGUGCUAUCUUUACUGCUAGAAUCAAAGGGCUGUGCAUAUAAUGAUACGAGCCAAAAUUGCUAUUGCCACUCCUUUGUGCACCUGCAUAUUAACAUGGAUCACUUAGAGAUUCUUGUACACAAUGUAAAGGCAUGACAUUGUCACUGUAUGUGUAGCUACAUGUAAUAAAUAUAUAGUUGCUAAGUACAUGCAUAUCAGAAUUUCAACAUAGUAACUAACAAUGUUAUAAUGUAUGAAACAGUAUGGUAGCGCGGUACAUUAUGUUGCUUUUGAGUAUUGCUGAGUACAUAAAUGUUGGUGUUUUUACA